CCGGGGCUGCAGCCGCCGUCCCAUCGGCAGCGGCGCCGGGGCCGGGAGCGCUGCAUGGCCCCGCCGGGCCCCGAGGGCGGCCGAGCUGCCAUGGCCCCCGGUAAGAAGAUCACGGCGCGGAUCAAGCGGACGCUGCCGGUGCGCGGCCCGCAGGCCCCGACGCUGAGCGAGCUGAUGCGGUGGUACUGCCUCAACACCAACACCCACGGCUGCCGCCGCAUCGUCGUGUCCCGCGGCCGCCUGCGCCGCUUCCUCUGGAUCCUGCUCACCCUCAGCGCCGUCGGGCUCAUCCUCUGGCAGUGCGCGGAGCUCCUCAUGAACUACUACAGCGCCUCGGUGUCCGUCACCGUCCAGUUCCAGAAGCUGCCGUUCCCCGCAGUCACCAUCUGCAACAUCAACCCCUACAAGUACAGUGCCAUGAAAGACUAUUUAUCUGAGCUGGACAAAGAGACUAAAAAGGCUUUGGAGACUUUCUAUGGAUUCUCGGAGGGCAAGCCCAAGGUGCGCCGGUCGGUGGAGGAGUGGAACAGCUCAGGGAGUGACUUCUUCCAGCAGAUCCCUCUGCUGAAGUUUGAGGACUUCUCUAGGACGGUGACUGACUUUCACAGUGGCCAGAAGAGGAAAAUAGAGGGCAGUGUCUUUCACAAGGAUUCAUCCAUCGUGAACUCCGGGGAUUCAAAUGAUAUCAUCGGCUUUCAGCUGUGCGAUGCAAACAACAGCAGUGAGUGUGCACUGUAUACAUUCAGUUCUGGUGUUAAUGCCAUCCAGGAAUGGUACAAGCUGCAUUACAUGAACAUCAUGGCACAAAUACCCCUGGAGACUAAAGAAAAAUUGAGUUAUUCUGCUGAUGACCUUCUACUGACAUGUUUCUUUGAUGGCCUAUCUUGUGACAAAAGGCACUUCACUCGCUUCCAUCACCCCCUGCAUGGGAAUUGCUACACCUUCAACAGCGGAGAAAACGGGACGGUGCUGAGCACCUCCACGGGCGGCAGCGAGUACGGACUGCAGGUUGUUCUGUAUAUAGAUGAAGCAGACUACAACCCCUUCCUGGUGACAUCCACAGGAGCCAAGAUCAUCGUCCAUGACCAGGAUGAAUAUCCCUUCAUUGAAGACAUCGGCACAGAAAUUGAGACAGCAGCGGCCACCUCCAUCGGGAUGCACUUUACUCGGUCUCGCAAGCUAAGCAAACCCUACAGUGACUGCACAGAGACAGGGGCCGACAUUCCAGUAGAAAACCUCUACAACAAGAGCUACUCACUCCAGAUUUGCCUGCACUCCUGCUUUCAGAAGGCGAUGGUGGACUCAUGUGGCUGUGCCCAGUACGCUCAGCCCUUACCCGCUGGGGCAGAGUACUGCAACUACAAGAAGAACCCCAACUGGAUGUACUGCUACUACAAGCUGCACGAGAAGUUCGUGAAGGAGCAGCUGGGCUGCCAGCAAAUCUGCAAAGAUGCCUGCAGCUUCAAGGAGUGGGCACUUACCACCAGCAUCGCCCAGUGGCCAUCCACCGUGUCAGAGGACUGGAUGCUUCGAGUUCUCUCUUGGGACAAAGGGCAAAAAAUCAACAAGAAGCUGAACAAGACGGACCUCGCCAACCUCAUGGUGUUUUACAAAGACCUGAAUGAGAGAUUCAUUUCAGAGAACCCUGCCAACACACUCGUCAUUCUUCUUUCCAACUUCGGAGGCCAGCUGGGCCUUUGGAUGAGCUGCUCGGUUGUGUGUGUCAUUGAGAUCAUCGAGGUCUUCUUCAUCGAUUCGCUUUCCAUCGUGAUGCGGCGCCAGUGGCAGAAGGCAAAGAAGUGGUGGAACAACCGGCAGCAGGAGCGGCCAGGGAAGCCCCCCCAGGCUGGAGACCUGGAGAGGCAGGGCCACGACAACCCCGUGUGCAUCGAUGAGGACCUGCCCACCUUCAACACUGCCCUGCGCCUGCCGCUGCCCCAGGAGAGCCCCCUGCCCAGGACUCCCCCCCCUAACUACAGCACUUUGCGGCUAGAGACUGCCUUCACAGAGCAGCUGCCUGACACACUGGAGCUUGGCCACCACUGACCCUUAUUAUCCACCCACCCGGGUGCCAGAAGAAGAGGUGGGUGCUGGACACACGUGUCCGGGGGCAAAAGGCACAUAUCCAAAUGAGCACUGAAGGCCUUUCGGGUCAGACCCUUAUUCAGGGAUUGAACUUGCAGUCAAAGCUUCUCUGAGCAAAGCUCAGACACAAAAGCCAAGGGCUCGGGGACAUUAGGAACUUCAACAUCAGUUCUCAAGUUAAUCAUUGCAGGAGAUGGCUGGAGCAGGAUGUGGCACUGAGCUGGGAUGUCUUGCCAGACAGAGGCAUUAUUAUCAUUAGCAGCCAACUGAACACACCCCCUUGUAUGGGCAGGAAUUGCUCCACAGCAGAAGACUGGUGCCUUAUUGAGUAUUAAUGCUAAUUGCUCUCUGCUGUGUUGCUUGACUUGUGGGAAAACCCAGGGUUUUCAGGAACACAGCAUGACAUUUGCAGGAAGGGGCAUGACAGUUUGGUAAGAGCACAAAAGGAUAAAAGGAAAGCUCUCAAGUUGAAUUUUGAUGAGGUGGCCUGAGGAGCUCUUUAUUCCAAGAUGAAAAGUUAAGCCAUAGAUGUGCUUGUAGAGCAAGUCAUUACACAGCUUGAGCAGGAGAACCUAAGCCCAAAAGAAUCAUCUAAAAGAGCAUGAAAUCUAAUUUGGAUCACAGCAAUGAACUGCAUACCCUGUUUGGUUCCACAUCACCCAGGCUGGCCAUUACAGUCUCAGAGGAGCUUGUUGGGCAGCCUCAGCCACACGUGAUUUCCCAGCAGGCUCAGAAGGAGCUGCUGCUCUUCCUACUGAGCCCCAGCACAGGCACCCCAGCACUGACACCCAUUUCACCACCUCAGAGCUGCGCUGGGCUGCAUGCACAGCAGGAGGAGGCUGAAGGAUCCAUCUGCCCAUAGUACAUCAUUCACUGGCCUACACCUGCUCCACUCCACAGUGCAGCAUCAACACCCACAUUCUGCCUCCUGUGCACUGAGCCAGGCCACUUCCAGAGCCCACUGCCUGCACCCACAUGGCUGUGGGGAGACCCCUGGGGUACACAGCCACAGAACCCUUCCACUUGCUGCCAGUCCUGCACCCAGCUCCUUCCUGCCAUAGCAGAUUCUUAGCUGUCUAGAGCACACUGUAGGUGUUGAGGAUGAGCAUAGCCUACACUGGGUUGGCUGCUUAGGGGUUUGUAGAGCAAGAAUGAUUCAGAGCGCGUGUGUGUGUGAGUGUAAGAAAGCCUCUUUUGCUCUCUCUAUAUAAGCUUAUAUAGAAUCCAGAAAGGUUCUUUGAUGUGCAAUAAAAGAUAUUUUAACUGAAUUAUUUAAAUAGCUGAUAACGUAAAAAAAUAAAGAUAUAUUUUUGAA